AUGACAGUACAAACAUUAUUGUCCGCCCUUGGGCCAGAAAUAGAAGAUCCAGAAGAAGAAUCAUUUCUUCUCUUCUCGCAGUCGAUCCCAUCUCAGAAUCUUGGGUUCGUGGAUUCUAAAGCUACAUUGUUGGAGCUGACAGUUGGUUCUCGUGAUCUUUCUAUUCAUCAAUCGCCGACUAUACUGUCAUCAAACCGAGGAGGUGGGACAACCGGUGCUGUUGUCUGGAAGAUCACCCCUCUAUUUGCCUCAUGGAUUACUUCCGCUUCAAAUGUUCUCUUCACCCACAAUGUCCUUGACUCCAGUUCGGCGGUGAUUGAAUUAGGAUGCGGAAUAUCCGGAAUCAUUGGUCUAGCACUGGCUCCGCGCAUCCAAUCUUAUGUCUUGACAGACCAAGACUAUGUGAUGAAGCUACUGAAUGAGAAUCUAAGAGAGAACCAGCAAAAUAUGUCCUCGGGCAAAGGCCGGAAAAGCACACCAAAACCGAAGAGAGGCUCUGUGUCCGCCCCUGCACCGAAGGCGGAGAGCAACAUUACUGCCCGGCCUCUGGAUUGGGAAACAGAUGAAGUGACAGCUUCACUUACAGGAUCUACAUCGAGUCACGAUUUCGAUGCAGUUAUAGCAUGUGACUGCAUCUACAAUGAUGCUCUCAUUGAACCUUUGGUACAGACUUGCGUCAAUGUAUGCAAAAUGCGCCCUUCGGAUACGGCAGAGGAUAGACAGAAGCCUACAGUAUGUAUUGUGGCACAACAGCUUCGGUCCGCCGAGGUAUUCGAGGCCUGGCUCAAGGCAUUCAGCAAGGCAUUCCAUGUAUGGCGUGUGCCGGAUGAAAGUCUGAUUGAUGGAUUGAAAUCAGAUUCUGGAUUCGUUAUUCAUAUUGGUAUCUUAAAGUAG